AUGGAGUCCGCCUUGGGCCAGAUCAAAGAGCUCGCUCGCGCAGCUGACGAUGCCACCCGCCGAGGAAUCAUGGCAGCAUUGCAUGAUCUGCAUCUUCAGACGGCCGCCGCCAAGAUCGGCUUUGAUCUGGGUCUCUUCAAGCUUCUGGCAAAGGCUGAAGGUUCACUGGAACUCGAAGACAUCGCAACCGCAACUGGCGCUGACAUUGCCCUCCUGAGCCGAUACAUGCGCUAUCUCGCCUCUGUCGGAGCGGUCAAGGAAGUCGCCAAAGAUCAGUACAUGGCCAACAAUGUGACCAAGAACCUAGCUGGUGAUGCUGUGGUGGCAGGCAUCUCACACGCGUUCUUGACCCUCAGCCCCAUGUUCCAGGCACUGCCAGGCUUUCUCAAGAAAAGCAGCUACAAGGAACCUACCGAUGAAAUGCACACUGUGUUUCAAGAGGCCAUGAAAACACCCCUCCACGCGUUCGACUGGAUCUCCGCCAAACCUGAGGAUCUUCAACACUUCAACAACUGGAUGGCGCUGAGACGCCAGCCGGACUUGACUUGGCUGACGGUCUACCCGAUCACAGUGGAAGUGGCCGACUUGACUAAUUCCCAGAGGGCUAUUUUCGUUGACAUCGGUGGCGGCAUUGGCCACCAGUGCGUUCAGUUCAAAGGGAAGUACCCUGACGUCCAAGGUCGCCUAAUAACCCAGGACCUCGAGCUCGCAAUCAACAAUGCUCCCCCUACCCCGAAUGUUGAGUUCAUGGUCCACAACUUUUUCGACCCUCAGCCAGUGAAGGGAGCCAAGUUCUACUAUCUCCGCACUGUUCUUCACAAUCAUCCUGACUACAAGGUCCAACAGAUUCUGAAGCAUAUCAAGGCAGCAAUGGCCUCUGAUUCUGUCUUGCUGAUUGAUGAGAUGGUCCUACCGGAGUCGGGAGUCAAUUCCUAUACUACUGCCAUUGACCUCACGAUGAUGUCGGCGUUCGCGGCAAUGGAACGUACCGAGGCCCAGUGGCGCAACAUCAUCACGGAUGCUGGAUUGAGCCUCGUCAAGACAUACCCUUACAACAAUUACGAGAGCGUCAUGGAUGUCCGUCCCUUGUGA